AUGGCGCAGAGAGGAAUUCAGCCAGACUCGGCAAAAUUCUGCUGUUCGAUCUGUCUGGAUCUACUGAAGGAUCCGGUGACUGUUCCCUGUGGACACAGCUACUGCAUGAGCUGUAUUAAAAGCUGCUGGGAUGGAGAGGAGCAGAGGGAAAUCCCCAGCUGCCCCCAGUGCAGACAAACCUUCACACCAAGACCUGUCCUGGUGAAAAGUACCAUGUUAGCUGAAAUAGUGGAGGAAAUGAAGAAGACGGGACUCCAAGCUGCUCCUCCUGAUCUCUGCUAUGCUGGACCUGGAGAUGUGGCCUGUGAUGUCUGCACUGGGAGAAAGCUGAAGGCCCUCAAGUCCUGUCUGGUGUGUCUGGCCUCUUACUGUGAGCAGCACCUCCAGCCUCACUAUGAUGCAGCUCCAUUAAAGAAACACAAGCUGGUGGAAGCCACUGUGCAGCUUCAGGAGAACAUCUGCUCUCGUCACGAUGAGGUGAUGAAGAUUUUCUGCCGCACUGAUCAGCAGUAUAUCUGUUAUCUCUGCUCCAUGGAUGAACAUAAAGGCCACCACACAGUCUCAGCUGCAGCAGAAAGGACCAAGAGGCAGAAAGAGCUCGGGCUGAGUCGGCAAAAAAUCCAGCAGAGAAUCCAGGUCACACAGAAAGACGUGAAGGUGCUUCAGCAGGAGGUGGAGGCCAUCAAUCACUCUGCUGAUAAAGCAGUGGAGGACAGUGAGAAGAUCUUCACUGAGCUGAUCCGUUUGAUUGACAAAAGAAGGUCUGAUGUGAAGCAGCAGAUCAGAUCCCAGCAGAAAGAGGAAGCGAGUCGGGCUGAAGAACUUCAGGAGAAGCUGAAGCAGGAGAUCGCUGAGCUGAGGAGGAAAGACGCUGAGCUGGAGCAGCUCUCACACACAGAGGAUCACAUCCAUUUUCUACACAACUACCCCUCACUGUCACGUCUCAGUGAAUCUACACACUCACCCAGGAACAAUAUCCGUCCUCUGAGCUACUUUGAGGAUGUGACUGUAGCUGUGUCAGAGUUGAGAGAGAAACUACAGGACCUUCUUAGUGAGGAAUGGUCCAAGAUCUCACUGACAGUGACUGGAGUGGAUGUUCUACUGUCACAACCAACGCCCAAGACCAGAGCUGAAUUCUUACAAUAUUCAUGUCAAAUCACACUGGAUCAAAACACAGCAAACACACAGCUGUUAGUAUCUGAGGGGAACAGAAAAGUGACACGAAUGGGAAAAGAUCAGUCAUAUCCUCGUCACCCAGACAGAUUCACUGAAGGGGUUCAGGUCCUGAGUAGAGAGAGUCUGACUGGACGUUGUUACUGGGAGGUGGAGUGGAGGGGGUUAUGUGUUUCCAUAGCAGUCGCAUACAAGGAUAUUAGCAGAACAGGUGAUGAGAACCAAUUUGGAUCCAAUGACAAGUCUUGGACAUUAGAUUGUCAUUACAAUCAGUUCAUACAUAACAGCAUCAAAACUCCCACAUCAGUCCCUGUGUCCUACAGAGUAGGAGUGUACCUGGAUCACAGAGCAGGUAUUCUGUCCUUCUACAACAUCUCUGAAACCAUGACUCUCCUCCACAGAGUCCAGACCACAUUCACUCAGCCUCUCCAUGCUGGAAUUGGGUUUUACUGGUCCUGUGGAGACUCGGCUGAGUGUUGUCAGCUCAAAGAAAGUGAAACUGUCAGACGUUCACUGUCACUGACAAGUGAAAUGGCGCAGAGAGGAAUUCAGCCGGACUCGGCAAAAUUCUGCUGUUCGAUCUGUCUGGAUCUACUGAAGGAUCCAGUGACUAUUCCCUGUGGACACAGCUACUGCAUGAGCUGUCUUAAAAGAUGCUGGGAUGGAAAGGAGCAGAGGGAAAUCCCCAGCUGCCCCCAGUGCAGACAAACCUUCACACCAAGACCUGUCCUGGUGAAAAACACCAUGUUAGCAGAAAUAGUGGAGGACAUGAAGAAGAUGGGACUCCAAGAUGCUCCUCCUGAUUUCUGCUAUGCUGGACCUGGAGAUGUGGCCUGUGAUGUCUGCACUGGGAGAAAGCGGAAAGCCCUCAAGUCCUGUCUGGUGUGUCUGGCCUCUUACUGUGAGCAGCACCUCCAGCCUCACUACGAUGCAGCUCCAUUAAAGAAACACAAGCUGGUGGAAGCCACUGUGCAGCUUCAGGAGAACAUCUGCUCUCGUCACAAUGAGGUGAUGAAGAUUUUCUGCCGCACUGAUCAGCAGUGUAUCUGUUAUCUCUGCUCCAUGGAUGAACAUAAAGGCCACCACACAGUCUCAGCUGCAGCAGAAAGGACCAAGAGGCAGAAAGAGCUCGGGCUGAGUCGGCAAAAAAUCCAGCAGAGAAUCCAGGACACAGAGAAAGACGUGAAGGUGCUUCAGCAGGAGGUGGAGGCCAUCAAUCGCUCUGCUGAUAAAGCAGUGGAGGACAGUGAGAAGAUCUUCACUGAGCUGAUCAGUUUGACUGACAAAAGAAGGUCUGAUGUGAAGCAGCAGAUCAGAUCCCAGCAGAAAGAGGAAGCGAGUCGGGCUGAAGAACUUCAGGAGAAGCUGAAGCAGGAGAUCGCUGAGCUGAGGAGGAAAGACGCUGAGCUGGAGCAGCUCUCACACACAGAGGACCACACCCAUUUUCUACACAGCUACCCCUCGCUGUCACGUCUCAGUGAAUCUACACACUCACCCAGCAACAACAUCCGUCCUCUGAGCUACUUUGAGGAUGUGACUGCAGCUGUGUCAGAGCUGAGAGAGAAACUACAGGACCUUCUUAGUGAGGAAUGGUCCAAGAUCUCACUGACAGUGACUGGAGUGGAUGUUCUACUGUCACAACCAGAGCCCAAGACCAGAGCUGAAUUCUUACAAUAUUCAUGUCAAAUCACACUGGAUCCAAACACAGCAAAUAAAUAUCUGUCUUUAUCUGAGGGGAACAGAAAAGUGACACUAAUGAGAAAAGAUCAGUCAUGUCCUCGUCACCCAGACAGAUUCACUGAAUGGUCUCAGGUCCUGAGUAGAGAGAGUCUGACUGGACGUUGUUAUUGGGAGGUGGAGAGGAGGGGGUCAUGUGUCUCAAUAGCAGUCGCAUACAAGGAUAGUACCAGAACAGGGAAUGGAAGUGGAUUUGGAUCCAAUGACAAGUCUUGGGAAUUGGACUGUAUCCGUAACAAAUUCAGACAUAACAGCAUCAAAACUCCCACAUCAGUCCCCGUGUCCUCCAGAGUAGGAGUGUACCUGGAUCACAGAGCAGGUAUUCUGUCCUUCUACAACGUCUCUGAAACCAUGACUCUCCUCCACAGAGUCCAGACCACAUUCACACAGCCUCUCCAUGCUGGACUUUGGACUCAGGGCAUAGUUGGAGACUCAGCUGAGCUGUGUCAGCUCAAGUAG